CACUCUCCUGGCGGACUGGUUUCGUUGCAGUUCUCGGAUCAGACAAGAUGUUGUCGUCGUGGUUGUCGUCGUUGUCGGGAGUGUUAAUUUUACUGGUGCUAAUAGUGAUUUGCCAUUCCGAGGCGGUAUUAGCCAACCCGGAUUGGUGGCAGAAGGCAGGAUUCUAUCAGAUCUAUCCCCGGUCGUUUAAAGACAGCAAUGGCGAUGGGAUUGGUGAUCUGAAUGGAAUAGCCUCGAAGCUGCCGUAUCUGAAGGAUAUUGGUGUGCGAGCUUUCUGGAUGUCUCCGAUCAAUAAGUCACCGAUGGUUGACUUUGGCUACGAUAUCUCGGAUUAUCGUGAAAUCCAACCGGAGUAUGGAACCAUGGCGGAUUUUGACAAUUUGGUCGCUGAAGCUAAACGUUUGGGAUUGAAGGUGAUUAUGGACUUUGUUCCGAAUCAUUCAAGCAAUCAGCAUCAAUGGUUCAUCGAUUCGGAAAACCGUGUGUCUGGCUAUGAAGAUUAUUAUGUGUGGGAUGAUGGUAAAACGAAUCCGGCGGGCGGUAGAAAUUUGCCACCUACAAACUGGAUACAGGCAUUUCGUGGAAGUGCCUGGGAAUGGAGUGAAAAACGAGGGCAGUACUAUUUACAUCAGUUUACGGUUGAACAACCUGACUUGAAUUAUCGGAAUCCAAAGGUAGUAGAAGAAAUGAAGGGAGUUCUUAAAUUUUGGCUAGAUAAAGGUGUGGACGGAUUCCGAAUUGAUGCUAUUCCAUUCCUGUACGAGGUGGUGAAAACAUCAGGAGGAGUAUAUCCAGAUGAGCCAUUGAGUGGAACGACACAAGAUCAAGAAGCCUUCGAAUAUCUAGAUCACAUUUACACUCAAAAUCAACCGGAAACGUUGGAGAUGGUAUAUCAGUGGCGUGAGCUGGUCGAUCAAUAUCAGAAAGAACAUGGCGGCGAAACGAGAGUGCUAAUGACCGAGGGGUUCACUACUUUGGAAAUUCUAAAAGAAUAUUAUGUUAGUGCAGAAGGCCGUUUGGGACCACACAUGCCAUUCAAUUUCGGCCUUAUCACAGAUGUCGAUGGAAAUUCCAAAGCAGAUCAAUUUGUAAAGACUAUCGAGUCAUGGAUGGCUAUUGUUCCCAAGGAUGGUGUAGCAAACUGGGUGAUAGGAAAUCAUGACCGUCCGCGAACAGCCACACGAUUCGGCCAAGAUCGAAUCGAUGCAAUGAACAUGCUAAUUUUGAGUUUGGCUGGGGCAUCAGUUACCUAUCAGGGGGAAGAAAUUGGAAUGACCGAUGUGUUUAUUUCUUGGGAAGAAACCGUCGAUCCUGCUGCUUGCAAUGCUGGUGAAGCGUUGUUCGAGGAGAAAUCGAGGGAUCCUUGCCGAACUCCGUUUCAGUGGGAUGACUCUGCGAUGGCUGGAUUUACCACUGGAAGCAGAACGUGGCUACCGGUAGGCCCGAACUACCGAACUGUGAAUGUGAAAGUGGAAGAGGCCCAGGAAAGGAGUCACCUUAAGGUGUAUAAAGCGAUGAUGAAACUUCGAGAGAGCAAGACGUUCCUACAUGGAUUGUUAAGAGUACGGGCUAUGAGUGAUAACGUUUUGGCGAUCGUCCGGGAGUUGACGGGAAAUAAUACGUACAUAACGCUGGUCAAUUUAGGAAACAACAGCGAAGUUAUUGAUGCGACCGGACUAGCGCAGUCGUUGCCCUCCAAGCUGAGAUUUGAUGCGGUGGGGGUCUCGUCGCAUCACGUUCGAGGCGGAGCCGUUGCCACAAACGACAUACUCCUACUUCCAUAUGAAUCAGUUGUACUAAUUGCACGGACCGCUGCACUGGAUCAUAUGUAUGAAUCGAUAUGUGAAGCUUGGUUGGAAUAACAAUGUGAUAAGGAUAAUUUUAUGUGUAUUUUUCACAUACCACUACUGACUGAGUCAAUUACAAUAUUUAUGUAUGUACAUAUA